UGUCAACAUACACUCCUUCGGACAAAGCCACCUCAUCUUCUUCAAUCAAAAUUCCUUUUCCUUUUAUUUUCAAACUUUAUAGUUUGGGUUAAGAGCCAGCCACACUGAAACUUGUUUCUCAUGCAAACUCCCUACUCACCAUCUCAGACCUUACGUGUCAUCACCACGUACCCUUCACCUCUUUAUAAAAGAUCACCUCCUCACCUCUCUCCCUCUCUCAUAUACCCCAUCAUUUUCUAACUCAAUUUUCCCAUCUCCCAAACACUGACCCAACCAGAAAAAAAAUAUAUAUAUAUGGCUGACCGUUCUCAACCUCACCACCAACUCCAAGUCCAUCCACAAUAUGGUGGUGGUGCCAAGGGUUUUCAGCAACACCGCCAACAACAAGGCCCAUCAACUGGAAAAGUUCUUGCUGUCAUGGCCCUCCUACCAGUGGGUGGGACCCUUCUGGCUCUAGCUGGCUUGACUCUCAUGGGGACUGUUAUUGGGCUCUUAGUAAGCAUCCCAGUUUUCCUUCUCUUCAGCCCAGUUCUUGUCCCGGCAGCCGUUACAAUUGGGCUCGCCGUAGGGGGCUUUCUCACUUCUGGGGCUUUUGGGGUCACUGGGCUUUCAUCCCUCUCUUGGGUCCUUAAUUUCUUCCGACAGACCUCGGUGCCCGAACAGAUGGACCUCGCCAAGAGACGGGUCCAGGAUGCUGCUGCCUAUGCGGGCCAGAAGACCAAGGAUGUGGGCCAAGAGAUACAGAGCAAGGCCCAAGAAGGGAAGAGGACUUGAAAAGCUUUGAAAGCAGUGUAUCUAGAAAUGAUAGGAAUAAUGUGAGUCUUGCAUGUUCUUUUUGUUUACACAAAUGUUCGUGUUUUGUUUUGUUGUUUUUUUUUUGGUGCUUUCUGUUCAGUUUGUGUUUGUUUAUGUUUGCACUGUUUUAGUUUUACAUUUUUUGCUCAUAAUUUAUGGUGAGUCGAGAAUUUGGUCCAUUGUACUUGGCUACCCGUAGAAUGAAACUGAUGUUUGUUUAUGUUUUUUA